CGCGUAACAGUGAGACGCGCGAGGAGGCCUCGGGGGUCGCUUUCGAGUGUGAAGGAUUGUCCCGCAGGUGCCGGCGCCACGCGACGUGUCAGUAACCCCCGAAUAACAGUGGGAGUCAAGGGGUGGGCGCGGGAGGAGCGUACACGUACGCGCGCAUAUGUAGAUAAAGGAAGACCGAGAGGGAGGGGGAGGAGAGUAACUUGGAAUGAAAGUCGUCGAAUUUUCACGGUCGAUUGAAGGCGCGGGGUAUACUUUCAAGAGCUGAAAGAAAUUUUAGCCGCGACUAGAGAGAGCUAUUUUUCAUUGUCGCGAGGACAAAAGGAUACCCAAAGCGCGCAGAGUGCGACACGACGUGUUACAUUCGCGACGGAUUAUCGGACAGUGAAGGGUAGAAAGCGAGUGGAAAAGAGAGAAGAGAGUGAGUAGAAAAAAGGGGGGGGGAAUAGAAAAGUGAAAGGGGCAAGAAGGAAACUCGUACUUUUUAGCGUGCCGAGGAAACGGAAUUAUAUUUGCUACGAGACUUUACCGCUUGGAAAAGCGAUAACGAUUUUUAUUCGGUAAGACGAUGUUAACAAGGGGACUGCAAUAACACCGGUGCCUCCCGACGACGUCCGAUUUCGUUUGAUACAAGAGAACUGAAGAGAGGAACGGAUUGGGGAGAGACAUGGGGUGCAACACCAGCAAGGAGAGCGUCCAGCCGGCGGUGGAUGAGGCGAAGGAAGGCGAUUCCGUCAAGAACGGGGAUAUCUCAAAGGCGGCUGAAAACAGCGCAACGAAAGCGGAGUUCUCGAACGAGGGGAAAGAAAACGCCGAGGACGAUAAAGACAAAGAGACUGCAGCGACGAAAAUACAGGCAGCCUUCCGUGGACAUCACGCUAGGAAAAGUCUGAGAGUGUCGGAAACAGCGACGAGAACCGACGAAGAAUCCUCCAAAUCGACACAGGAGCAGUUGCAAGAGGAGUUCCCUACCGACGACCAGGAGCUCAGUAACGCGGCGAAGAAGAUACAAGCGACUUUCCGGGGCCACAUGUCGAGAAAGGAACAAGCUACCGCUGCCGCCAAGUCGGCGAUGAACAUGGUUGACAGUGCGACUGCCAAGAUAGAAGAAAAGAUGCAAGACGCUGUUAACGAAUUAGAGGGGAUCGACUUGGCCGAUCCGGACUUGCAUAAGGCAGCGACUAAGAUACAGGCGAGUUUCCGCGGUCACAAGGUCCGUCAGGAGGUCAACAUCCAUACUGCCGACGACCCUAAAAAAUAAGACGCUUACUCAAACGCAGGGAUGCCGGGAGAUAGAAUAUUACUUAUUACAGUCAGUGCCAUUCUUAACAGGUUUCGAACGCCAUCCCCUAUUUCUUGUACCUUAUAAUGUAGCAUCCAUAAACUAGUAAAUUAUGCGCGUAAAUAUACGAGGCAUUCCAGACAAGACGAACGAGUUUGACUAUCAGUUCACUUCGGGCCGCUAGUUGUGAACAACGAUACCGUUUAUUUUACGUUUAACAAUUAAUCCAGCCUUCGCCCGGGACCAGUGAGAUUUAAGCGCUUUCUACUUUGGCUAAAAUGAGGACCUUUCAAACGAGGUAUCUGCAGGCUGAGGCAUACAAAUGGGAACAUUCAAGUAUUUCUAUUAUUUGUGGAUAUAUGAAAAAAGUUUUCCGAAACAAAGUUGCAUUGUAUGAAGAAGGACUGCGAUGGCAAAUAAAAAGGAGAUUGUUCCUCGAGCCGAUUCCUAUAAUCGAUUUUGAGUACAUUUCACACAAUUCGCUACUUGACCACAUUCUUGAACUAUCCUCGUACUAUCGACUUAUACUUACAUUUUUUAUGAGUUAUUACUGCCAUGCACGUGCAGAGCGACAUACGGGCAGAGUUUUCAAGACUUUUCAAAGGACUUUUCAACAUGGUUAUAUAAUACUUUCUAUGCAAAACACUAAAAAAAAGAUGAGAAAUGACGAGACGAAGAAAGAACAGAUAGUUCUCUAUAUAAUUACCUGACAUAAUACUCAACACAAAUUGUGAUCUACAACAACAGAACAUGACAAACACGCAAAAUCCUCGUAUCUGGUAGGUAUGUUAAGUGGAACGCGAACAAACGCGAUAGAGUAUAACUUUAACGUCCUGCGCAUGAUAAACGGAGCAUACAUUAAGAUGUAUCAAUAUCAAUAAUAUGCAUGUUAACUUUUAUAAGUUCCUGUAUCUAUGUAAAAUAAACGGUAUGGUUGUAGCGUUUCCAAUUCUAAAAUUAACGAUGAAAGUCUGUUUUUCGAAUAUCUUUUAUUACGACACACAAAUGUUUUGAGGCAUGAUUCAAUUCUUUUGUUCCUAUAAUUUAUUGUUGAAACGGAAUGUGAUAACUAAAAAGUAUAUUUCUUGACUGCACUUUUUACAUUUUCCUACAAUUUGUUUUAAACUCUUCUCUUUCCCUUUCCUUCUAAAAGGUUAAAUGUAUAUCUGUUUCAUUUAAAAUGUGGAAAGUGUAAAAAUGUGUACUAUUGCUUCUCCUUUGAGAGUUUGGACAAAAAUAUAUUGAUCUACCAAUAAAUGCAAGGUAAACUGGUUAGUCCCGAUCGUCGUAUUAUUCAAUUUAUUGUAUUUAAAGGGACUAUAAAUUUAGAAACGUCUUCUAUCUCUCUCUCGUAAUACUAAUUAUAUAAAAAGAGAAUUAAGAAAGAGGAAGUUCCAAACUUUCAAAUAAUUUUACAAACUUUGGACAUAAAAGAUAUUGUAUUUUAUUAUUACUGUAUUUUACGUUAUUAAUGCAGUAGAACUUCUAUUUAACGCAGAAUAUGGCAUAUUUGAGCUUCAAGAUAAAAAUUUACUUGACUGGAAAUAUAUUAUAAACAUGAUAAUCUAUGCAGAAUUUCUUAUUAAAAUUUUUCCAAUAUUGUUUAUCUCACGUAAAUGGUCCUUGCUUUUCACGUGUUACUUUGCCGAGCGCACUUGAACUAAUGUAGUUGCACAAUUUAUCGGCCUACUGUCAAUAAUGAAGUAAUUAUAAAGUAGCCAUUAAUCGAGGUUCUACUGCAUCAAUUAAAAGCGUGCGUCAUAUACAGAACUUAUAGUCGUAAAAAAAAGGCUAAAGAGUCUCGUCACAAAAUAACGAGUCCGGUCUUUUUAGUAAUAAAUAAUUUGGAGCUUACUUGCUCAAAACCUUCUCAUACCAAAGCUAACUCUGCUCUAUAAGUUUUCUCUUCUUUAAUGUAAUAUACAGCAAAUCUUUCCUGAAUAUCGACAGCUACCUCCAACUUUGUUGCGAUCUAGUCCAUUUUUUCAUAUAAAUUAACGUAUCGAUGUACCUUUGAGAUGGGAAUUUAUUUUGCCAGGCCUAAAAAGACUCACUUGUGUAUGCUAUCGAUCACUUCACUCGUAUGUGAUUAUAGCAACGAUUGAUCAGUAAGCGAUUCAAGGUGCAUAAUACGAAGCAGCGAAGCAGCAACUAAACUACUGAAAUAAUUGUUUACUCUUCAAUGCUAGCUUUAUUCGUCCACAAAGCAGGGUACUGCGAAUUUAUUAUUUUCACGUUCGUCCACGUGUUUUUCUACAAAGCGAAUAUUAUUUCUAUCUUCUACAUUUGUAAUUUAUACCGAUGUUUAUACCAAUUUUGCUGAAGAUGCUGAGGAAUUACGUAUUAAAGUAAUAUUACGCGACAUUCCUGUAUUACACGUUUAAACGCUGACUAUGAGCAAUAAUUACACGUAUUUAUUGUAACAAAAUUUCACAAUUUAGUCAUUAUACAAGUACAUGUUAUGCGAGUAAACGUAUCGCGGUAAUAUUGAAAUUUCCUCGAAUAUAUAAUAUGCACUAUUCUACGCGAUAUUCCUGCGCGAUCGGUAUUGAUAUUGAUUGCAAUGGUACGUGCAGCUAUUGUUCAGUAGCAGGCAGAUAUAUGAAACAGAUAUAGUCGAACAGCAUGUCUGAAUUCCCGAUAUCCAAUAUAUUUUAUUUCAAUUCCGCCCGAUUCCUGUAUCCUAUAUCCGAUAUCAUUAACUUUUAGCUUCUAAGAUCAAAUCUCGAAUUCGCAAUUCGCGAAUUUCCAGUUUCCCGCAGAAGAAAUAAAAACACCCGUGGAUAUUUCCAAUGUCCAUCCUCGCAGUUACAUCCACGAGUUCCGUUCACCAGUCUCGAAUUUAAACAAAUAUUGUCUUGGAUUACGCGAUUACGCAUUACUCAUAGGUUAUCUACGAUUGUCGCUUGUAGAAAAUUAAAGCGAAGCUUCGGUAUCGCCGAAAAUGAUCUAUCAUCGAGUAACGUCGUCUAGUUUACGUCGGAGUGAAUACUGUGAAUGAAGAAUAUUUAUUGUAUCGAAUUAAUGUAUAGAGAGGAACGUUGCGACGGAUAAUAGACAUUCUUGUCGAUACGUUACUUUACCACGUAUGAAUAGUUUAGCGGUGCACAAGAACAAGUUGUGGUAAAAUAUAUUGUAAGAAUAUAAUAAAACGAUCGUACCGUGUUAAAAAGGGCGGUACAUUACAUGUAA